AUGUCCGAACCGCUCUCCGAAACCAACCGGAAGACCUGGGAAGACGAGUAUUACGAGGCCCGCAGCGUCGAGGGGCCCCCAGGCCGUCGUCAGCUGGAGUACGAAUGCCGCGCCUGCCUGGUGACAGUGACCUGCUUCGCCACGCAGAACGAUGCCGAUACCCUUCCGCUUCCGCUCCUGCGCGACCAUCUCCGCUACUGCCCUGGCCGAGAAUCCGGCGUAAGAGGGCUAGUCGCCGCCGCCGUAGGCGCUAUCGCAUUACUAGAAGAGCAGGAACAGCAAUUAUUGAAGCAGAUUGAAGACGAGAUGGUAGUGGAUAAGCCGGCUGAAGUGACGAAGACAGAAGAAGAAGCGGACGACGACGCUCUUCUACCCCACCCCCAACGCAAGUUACAUGCCACCAGCACCAGCACCAGCCCCAGCACCAGCCCCAGCCCCAGCAGCAGUAGCUACGCUUACACCCCUUAUCCCACCCAAACCCGGGCUCCGUGGUGCGAAGACCCCGCGACUGUCCGCAAAGGUUUCGAGAUAUCCGGGACCGGGAAACCGAACGAACGCCGUGCGACCUGUCGCUCUUGCGGGUCGGCCGUCCAGGACUUGGUGCACACGUUGCGCGGCCAUAAUAAGUGCUGUCCUGCGAGGGUUGGGAAUUGGGAGGAGGACGAGCGGGGGCUUCUUGAGCAUUUUGCCAUGGGGCUGAAGAGGAAUUCGCGGCAGGCGCGUUGUCGCGCUUGUCGCGCUGUUAUGGGCGGGAGGCCCGAGUUGAUGAGGAGGCAUCUGAGGUUUUGUCGGGGUGGUGUUGGUGUUAGGUCUUCUUCGCGGCAGCGGCAGCGGGUGCAGGUGCAGGUACAGGUGCAGGCACAGGCACCUGGAACUGAGGUGGAUGAGGGCUCGUCGCUGGGUGAGUAG